GAGUGGAGAGAGAGAGGGGAGGGAAGAGCCAGAUUUCCCUUUCGUAUACUCCCAGUGUUUUAAAGCCCUGAGCUCUGCUAACAGUCCCUGGACUCUCCUUCAGUCUGGAUCUCAGCGUGACUGGAACACCUCCACGAGCCCUCUCUUUCAUCGGCCAGCCACGGUGCUCCUACCCCUCAGUGUCUGAGGCCCUCCCUGGGAGAGCUGUACCCACCUCUGGUGCUCUGACUCAUUAUAUCCCUGCUGUUUUGGUGAAUAGAGGACAUCUGCUCACAUCUGCUUCUACUUAGCUGCAUAUUUCCUUGGAAUGAUUCAAGAAUAACAAUGGAUCCUGAAGGCUCACGUAUCCAAGAUGAUCCCCAUAUCAAGGUGAUGAUGGCGGGGUCGACUCUGAGGAAAGUCAAGUCCCGAUCGUGGAAGAAGCAGCGGCAUUUCCGCCUCCUGGAGGACGGCCAGACCAUCUGGUACAAGUCCAGAUGGGCAGGGAGAGGCCACUCCACAUUCUCCAUCAGUGAGCUGGAGGCCGUGCGUGAAGGCCACCAGUCGGAGGUCCUGCUGAGCAUCGCCGAGGAGUUCCCCGCCGACCUCUGCUUCACCUUGGUGUUUCACGGUCGCCAAGGCAACCUGGACCUCGUGGCGGACUCGCCGGAAGAAGCCCAGGCCUGGAUCCAGGGAGUCCGCAGGCUGAUUCACAAGACUCAAACCAUGGACGAGAAGGAGAGGCUAGACCAGUGGGUCUGGGACUGGUUUCAGAAAGCUGACAAAAACAAAGACGGGAAGAUGACUUUCAAAGAGGUGAGGAAGCUGCUGAAGAUGAUGAACGUGGACAUGAACGAGGAGCAUGCUCUGCACCUCUUCACGAUGGCUGACAAAUCGGACAGCGGCUCUUUGGAAAUCGAGCAGUUCGUCCUCUUCUAUAAGAUGCUGACACAGAGGGACGAGGUGUGGAAGGUGUUCCAGGAUUACUCCGGGGAUGGAGAGAAGCUGAUGUUGGAGGAGCUGGAGAACUUCCUGAGGACAGAGCAGCAGGAGGGAGAGCAGAGUGUUCAGCACGCUCCCGAGCUGAUCGACCGCUACGAACCGUCCGACUCAGCCAAGAAGCAAGGCGCCAUGUCCUUCGAUGGCUUCCAGAUGUACCUCUGCUCACAGGAGGGCUCCAUUUUCAAACCUGAGCACCGAGAGCUCCACCAGGACAUGAGCCAGCCGCUCAGCCACUACUUCAUCUCCUCCUCGCACAACACCUAUCUGCUGGAGGACCAGCUGCGAGGACACAGCAGCCUGGAGGCUUACAUCCAGGCCCUGAAGAGAGGCUGCCGCUGUGUGGAGGUGGACUGCUGGGAAGGCGGCGACGGCGAACCCAUCGUGUAUCACGGUCACACGCUGACGUCCAAGAUUCUGUUCAGAGACGUCAUCUCAACGCUGAAAGAGUACGCCUUCAAGACGUCAGACUUCCCCGUCAUCCUGUCCCUUGAGAACCACUGCGGUGUGGAGCAGCAGACCGUCAUGGCCCAACACCUGAGUCAAAUCUUGGGCGACACGCUGCUGACCACCCUGCUGGACGGGACGAUCCCUCAGCAGCUUCCUUCUCCACAGGAGCUGAAGGGGAAAAUAUUGCUGAAAGCCAAGAAGAUUGGCGGCCUGGAAGUGUGUCCAGAUGGAACCCUGACAGAUGAAGUCAGCGAUGAUGAAGAAAUGCCCAACGAUGAAGCCGAGAGCACGUCUGCAGAAAACCCACCCGCUGAGUGUUCGAACCACGACGCAAAGCAGAAGUCCAAACUGUCCAGGGAGCUGUCGGACCUGGUGGUUUACUGUAAGAGCGUGCACUUCCAUGGCUUCGAGCACGCUCGGUCACACGGCAAAUGCUAUGAGAUAUCCUCGUUCUCUGAGUCCAAGGCUAAGAAGCUCGCUAAGGAAGCAGGAGCAGAUUUUGUGCAGUACAACAGCAGGCAGCUGAGCAGGAUUUACCCCAGCGGUCUCCGGACAGACUCCUCCAACUACAACCCUCAGGAGAUGUGGAGCGUCGGAUGUCAGAUAGUGGCCUUGAACUUCCAGACGGCCGGUCUGGAGAUGGAUCUUAACGACGGGCUGUUCGGACAGAACGGCCGCUGCGGCUUCGUCCUCAAACCCGACUUCAUGAGAGACGGACACACCCGGUUCAGUCCAGAGAAACCAGAGGAGCGGCAGGGCUACAAACCACAGCGAUUAUCCAUACAGGUGAUCAGCGGGCAGCAGCUUCCGAAAGUGAAUCAGAAAGAAGGCUCUAUUGUCGACCCGCUGGUCAGGGUGGAGAUCUAUGGAGUGCCCCAGGACCAGAGCAAAGAAGAGACCAGUCACAUUAACAACAAUGGUUUUAACCCCGUGUGGAACGAAACUUUAAACUUCGUCAUCCACGUCCCUGAGCUGGCCCUGGUUCGCUUUGUGGUGGAGGACUACGACAAGGCGUCCAGGAACGACUUCAUCGGACAGUUCACUCUUCCGUUCACGUGCGUCCAACCAGGAUAUCGUCACAUCCACCUGCUGUCCAGAGACGGAACAGCGAUCCCUCCAUCCUCCCUCUUUGUCAACAUCAGCAUCUCAGAUCUCACAUGAAGAAGUCAAACCUGAGGACAUAAACCAGAGAUGGUCCUGUGUCUUCAUUUCCCAGAUGAAGAAUGAACUCAGCAUGCACUUAUACUUUUAUAUGAUGCUUCAUUUUCGCAAGGUUAAAGUAGGAUAGUUCAAGAAAAAUAUGUAUUGAAUAUUCCCCACCAAUUUAAAAUAGCAUCAGAAGUAAAACACGUCAGAAAACCAACUAGUAAGAAAAAGAUACCGUCCAGGUAUUACUAGGAGAACCUUUGACAUUUUAACGGAGAUGUCUCGCUGUAUUUAUUUGUUAUUUUUUGUCAAAUGUGUGCAAUUCUCAAUGCCACUUUUUAUGGAAAUAUCGCCUGAAAGCUUUUCAGUGUUUACUGUGUAUGAAUGAAGAAGGACUGCUGCAUGUCUGAAAUACAUCAUUUUUUGCCUUUACAUGUUCUGCCUGGACGAUACCGUCACCAGGAAACACCUGAAAGUGUCUGGUCCACAGUUUUUAGGGUCACAUUGCCAAACAUCAGUAUUAUUAACCGACUGUUAUACAGUGCUCAUAGAUUCACGUCAUGUUGUUCUACGAUUAUGUGCCUGCCUGAGUUAUUUCUAACGACUGAUGUACAAAUCUGAGGAGGUCAUGUUGUUUCUGUAUAUGUUCCUGUUGAAGUCUUUAAAAACGUGCAAUACA